AUGGCCGUUCGUCAACCGAAGAAAAAGUCAGGACUCGUCGAACAAGGGAUGGCUUAUGGGAAAGACCCAAACCUCGAGGAGGCCAUCUUUGCAGUAAGGGAAGUUGUUCACACAUCUGGAGACAUCCCUAUAAUCUACAAAACAAGAGGAAUGGCUUGUGCCGUUGAAGUCGGAGGGAAGAAACGUUUGGUAACUUGGCACAAUGUAAUCAACGAAGACGAUAAAGCUAAGCCAAUAAGAUUGCAUCGGUGUUCAAAAGAAUUUUUUAAUGACCAGAAAAACUAUCGGUUCGAAAUGUCACAGAUCAAGCAAACUGACAUUUGCUCGUUCAUUUCAGUAAAACGAGGCGACGCACGGACGCCCAAUAUAGAUUUUGGAAUUCUUAAGUUGAAAGUUCUAGGAAGUGUUGAAAAGAGUAAAGAAGUCUCUGCACACUCAUUCAUCGGAUGCAAAGAUAUCGUAAAAUUCACUUUCAAGUACGACAGGGGAAAGCACGAACUUAAAUGUUCUGACAAGAAGUAUUGUAUUUUUGAGAAAUCUUCCAUCCUUGGAUCCCCAAUCAUUAUAGACAAGUGUCAUGUCAUUGGUGUAGUGGGAGAGGAUCGUAAUGGACGACUUUGUCCCUACUUCUUAACAGAGACAGAAGUUGGAAAUCAAGAAACAGAACCUAGUGAGGUUGCAACUGUUAAUGAUUCAGAUAUCCCAGAUACCCCCGCUCUAGUACCUCCAUCAGAUCAACCUCUUAAUGGGACUAUACAGGAAGAGUGUCAAGAAUUGAGGGAUGAGCAACAAAAACUUGUGUCUGGUCUUGACAAGACGUCCUCCAGCACUGAAACAGUCCCUGCUCCCGAGUCUGAAGAGAAAA